CUCCCGAGGCUGUUGGUUUAAAGCAGAGCUGCACAGCAUACAGAACACACUCACACACAGUAGAGCAAGUCUCAUGACAUUACAUUAGAGGUGUGUGGAUGCACUCCACACAAACACAUAAACACACACACUCAUAUAAACAUACACAUGUGUGGACUGGACUGCUCCACUACUGGACCUCUCACUCAGCAGUACCCUCCGAAAGAGCCACGGAGCCUAUAAUUAACAGCUCUUGUCCUCUAUGGAGUUUAAUUGGGCUUAAAUGGCUUAGAUUCCUAAGCAGCCAUCUUAAUGCACAUUCCUUUAAAACCCUUCUAACUGUGCUGGGAAACGGUUAUAGAACACCUAAAACUCCCCCUUCUAAGACCUCUCUGUGGACUAAACAGCAGAGAAAGAGGGAGACCUAUCUAUCCCUCCCUUCAUCACCUCCUUUCAGCAGUCCAGGCAGGAGAAACCGUGGGAGAGAAGGAGAAGAGGAGGAAAGAACAGUAGAGCUGGCGCCACCGUCCAUUGAACCUAUCCACCGCUUAAUUUCCUGUAAUCUGGGGGUUACUGUUGCUAGUGGGGACAUGGACACUUCUAUACCUGUGUUGGCUGCCGGGGACAAAGUGUGUGACAAGACGGUGUGCGAGGCACUGGGCCACUUCGAAGCCACACUGGCGGCGGCGGUGCGCGAGGUGCAUGUGGAUGUGAGCGCCUUCAAGCGGGGUGUGGAGCGGCGGGUCGACGAGGCGUGCCAAGCACAGCGACCCCUGGCCGAGGCUCUUCAGCGGCUGACGCAGGAGAACCUGCAGCUCCGAAGCCAGCUGGAGGUGCUGGCCUGCCUGAUGGAGGGUCUGACGGGAAGAGUGGUGGACAGAAGCGCCCUCGAGGAGAGGGCCAGUAGGGGAUGGAUCCCCAUGACUUCGUCCCAGGGGACGGUGAACAUAAGCCAGGGGAGCCCCUCCACCACGGUCCCCUCUGGACUGUCGGAGUCUGGUUCUUCUGGUCUUGGUUCUGAUGCCUCUAGUUCUACAUCAGCCUCUCUCUCCAUCAGGGAGCCAAUGGGGGAUACCAGCAUGUCUAAUGGACAUAAGGUUGUUGACCAAAUGGAAGAGAAAAAUGUUGCUGCUGUGUUGGAGAAUGGACAUGACAAAGAACGGAAGUCUGCUGGUCAUUCAUUAGUAGAUGUCACCUCACCCAAAGCCAAAUCGGAUUAUUUGUAUAAAUCUGAGGGCUCGUCAUUCGGCAAUCCUCAUCUUCCCUGCACUGCCAUGACCAAAACGGACUCCCCCACUAGCCCCAAACCACCAGCACAAUCUCCUGCUUUGGCCCAAAAGUGUCCUGCCUAUCCAAUAGCAGACUUCACCACUCCCAAAACAGCACUUGAUGUUCUGUUUAGUCCCGCAGAGACUUUGCCUGGACAACAUCAGGAAGUGAGGUCACCAGUCAGCAGUCAUGCAGCUCAGCAAGAGCACCCCACCCCUGUGUCUCUGGCCCUGCCCUAUGCCUCUGUCAGUGCCAUGAGCAAAACUAGCCCCGAGGUACCAACUGCACCAGCCCCAACUCAGUCCCCUGCCACCCCAUCUUGGGCCCCUGACGCCCCAACUCAGUCUCCUGCAGCCCCAACCAGGCCUUCUUUAGCCCCAAGUCAGUCUUCUGCUGCCCAAUCUCAGUCUCCUGCAGUCCCUCCAUCUCCUGCCCCCAAAACACCUAGACAAUCAGUAUUUGAGGAGACCAAACCCAAAGCAUCAGGAGAAUUUCCUUUCAAACGUAGUGAACGUGGUGAGUACCACAGGGACACAAGGACUCCUCUCUCACUGCUACAGUAUCUUUCAUCUUUCCCGUCUCUGACAUUGUUCUUUCCCAUUUCUUUGUCUGACCUCCAGUUCUAUGUCAGUUUCUUUCCCUUCCUUCUGUUUACAGUAGUACAUGCAGUUAAGGCAGCGAGCCCGAGUCUUACCCGUAGCAUGAGCUUCACAGCAACCACAGAAAAACUCCUACCAUCCAGAAAAGUGCCUCCCCCUGGCACAGACAGGAGCCUGGACAAGUUUGGCGGUCUGGAAUGUUUUGGCGGUCCGAACAAGUUUGGCAUUCUGGACAGGCUUGGUGGUCUGGACAAGUUUGGGGGUGGUGGGGAGCGGAAGCUGCAGAGGUCACAAACGCUGCCUCGCAACCUCGGGAUGCAGGGCAAACGGUCUCUGUUUGAAAGUUUGGCCUACGAGUGUGGCAGGUCCAAGGCUGCAGGACCCAAGCCCAAACUGCAGCACUCUCAGAGUUUCAACAGCGCUAGCAACAUCAAGGCAAUGCUCCUGGAAUGGUGCCGCUCCAAAACCAUUGGCUACCAGAACAUAGACAUCCACAACUUCUCGUCCAGCUGGUGUGAUGGGAUGGCAUUCGCUGCCCUGGUCCACUCCUUUUUCCCCCUGGUGUUUGACUACAACACACUGAACCCUGCCAAUCGCAAACACAACUUUGAAGUGGCCUUCACCGCAGCAGAGGAGCAAGCCGACUGUGUGCGUCUCAUAGAGGUGGAGGAUAUGAUGGUGAUGGGUAGCAGACCAGACCCUAUGUGUAUUUUCACCUAUGUCCAGUCCCUCUACAACCACCUCAAGAAGUUUGAAUGACACUCCCAUGCAGAGAUGAGCACCCCUAUCAUCACCAGUUACAUUGACUCAUGUCGUCAGCAAACCAAAGCACUACUCCCUACUUUGUUCAAAUCUUGAUAACUGUAUAUGACGUUUGUGCCUGUAGAAUACUAUUUGAAUUCUUCUGGUCCCGUAAUAAUGUGCUGUGCAUAUGGUUUGGGGGAUUUAUUUUUCCUCAAUUAGAAAAUAGAGGUAGUAAAUUGGAGAAAAUAUUGGUCGUUUUACAAAGAUAUGUUUUGACUCCGAGCCGAAUGCUGGUUAUUUUCUAGUGGUAUAAUACGGAUGCAUAUCAUAAAAGAAAUAGAACAAGAUCUAUAAAAUACUUUUUAUUAAGCAUGAAGCUAGCAAAACACCUGAAAGACAUACUUUAGUAGACAAUGCAAAUGAAAGGUGUAAAUUUAAAGAAAGGUGGCACGAUCAAUGAUGUAACAUUGGUACCAGAGUGGCCAGAUCUGAGUUGGUGACUAUGACUAUUGUGUUGUGUAGAAAUGAAUAACAUUGAUCUUUCCUAUGUGCAUAUAAGAAGAGGUUCAAAUAUACACUCAACAAAAAUAUGAAACACAUUUCUCCCGAGUGGCGCAAGGCACUGCAUGGUAAUGCUAGCUGUGCCACUAGAGAUUCUGGUUCGAGUCCAGGCUCUGUCGCAGCCGGCCGCAACCGGGAGACCUAUGGGGCGGUGCACAAUUGGGCCAGCACCCUAUCUUUGGACAAAACAUGUUGAAAUGAAGAAUCCAGACAGUUGACAAGGGAUUAAGAUUGACCAGUCCGCGACUUGAUCACUUGAAAAUAAGAUCUCAGCAAUAGUCAAUCAUAUCCUCAUGAAAUAAAGUGUUCUGUGUUUCUGAGAAGCUUCUCUAUAACAUGAAAUACAUAGUAUAACACCAGAACCACAGUUUAAUUUUGACCCUGGCUCCAACAUACUAUUACUGCUUAUGAAAAGCAUACAGGUACUUGCUGUAGAAUUCUAAUGAUAGAGCUAAAUGUGCGCAAUUGUUUUGCAUGGAAUAAUCGGGAAUUUGUAGUUCUGACUAUGCUCUUCAAGAGGUGGUGAUAUUAAAACCAAAUAGUUCAAAUAUAUUUAACAAUCACUUGUUACCACCGGCUUAACCAAUGACGUUAAAAUGCCUAUUUACUGUGUUCCAUCUGACUGUGAAAUCCACGGUCUUAUCAUGCCCAGCCAGGUAAUGUAUUAAUUCUCCACCAUAAAAAGCAUCUAGACGUUAUCUCACACUUCUUUUAGACUAAUAUUUAGUUUUCAACAGCGGAGAUUUGUGUAAGCCUUGCUGUCUGUCUUUCCGACGUUUGCAACAUUGUUUCAAUAUUCAAAUUAGAUCUUCAGCUGUCCAACAGUAAUGAACGUGUAAGGACGAGACAGACAGUCAGACAGCGUUUCUCAGCCAGUCAAAAUCAUGGUAUAAUUUUUAUGGAUAUAUACAGAGAAAUGUCCGUUGAAAAAAGGUCAAACGAAACGACGUGCAGUCAAAAGUGAUUGUGUUAGCUGUGUUGUUGGCUAUCUCCUCUGAGCAACAGUGUCCUGACAAGAGAGCACAUUUUCUAUGCCAGGUGAAAUCGUUCCUCAUUAGCUCAUUGUUAUGGAUGUAUCCACAUAAAUGUCACUAGAAAACAGCUUAAAACAAAUGCAAAGGCAGCUACUGCUGUUAUUCUAUCUGCACUGUUUGACGUGAAUGUAAGUUACCCGUUGUUGGCUAGCUACCAAGCAAGGGAUAAGAACGUUGCCAGACAGUAUGGCAAUGGAACAUUUAGAACAAACGACUGGGUCGUGAACAUAGAUACAGAACAAAAAGACUGAACGACUGGGUCGCAUCCAUAGAUACAGAACAAAAAGACUGGGUCGCAUCUCUGGCAACUGAACCGAUAGAAUGAAUGACCAGCCGGCUUGGGUUGCAACCCUAGAUUUGUGUCGGGACUAUAUCUUGUGGAAGGAUGAAAUAGUAUAAAUAAAUUCAUCAAAAUAAAAACAAUUAUGAAAAUAUUGAAAUCAUUAUUUGAAUGUUGGUAGGUCCGACUUUGUCUAGGACCUAACAACACUCAUGCCAAUACAUCCUCCAAACACCAGCUUCGAGGGCAUUAUCUCUUAAAUAAGUGUACAGUAACAUUACUAACAACAAUAUUCUAGGCGGUGCUAGAAGGAAGGCCCCAAAAAUUGUCAAAGACUCCAGUCACCCAAGUCAUAGACAGUCAUAGACUGUUCUCUCUGCUACUGCACGGCAAGCGCCAAGUCUAGGUCCAAAAAGCUCCUUAACAGCUUCUACCCCUUCCCCCACUUUGAUUUUACACUGCUGCAACUCUCUGUUUAUUAUCUAUGCAUAGUCACUUUAACUCUACCUACUGUACAAGUACAAAUUACCUCGACUAACCUGUACCCUCACACAUUGACUCAGUACAUGUAUAUAGCCUUGUUAUUAUUAUUUUAUUUGUGUUCAUUUUAUUUUAUUUUUUACUUUAGUAAAUAUUUUCUUAACUCAAUUUCUUGAACUGUAAUGUUGGUUAAGGGCUUGUAAGUAAGCAUUUCAGGGUAAGGUCUACCUGUUGUAUUUGGAGCAUGUGACAAAUAAAAUGUUAUUUGAUAAGAGGCAAUCCGUAAGUUUGAUUAAGACCUUAACGAGCGAGCUAGGACAUACGUAGUGAAUAUAAAUAUUUGUUUAGCACUUUUGAAAUGUACAGUGGCAGAAUUCAUAACAUGGUCCGUUCGUACAGUAUUCUCCCUGUACACCAAGUCAGAACCGUUCGAUAAAUAAAGGGGGCAUAUAAGCGGACAAAAGCUAAGGGGGCAUAUAAAGCAGACAAUAAAAGCUCUUACAAUAUUCGAUGAUGACAUUUCUCUAAAACAGGCUAUAAGCUAAAUGUGCACCACCAAGUCAGAACAGUAGGCUAAGUUAUGAGGGGGAAAAGGGACCAAAUUAUUAGGUUGAGGCACAUGGGCUACUAACAGCUUACUACACAACAUACACUUACUAUUGCUUUCUUAGUAUGGUAUACAUAUCUCCCUGGCAUAUCACAUAAUUUAUGCAGCUGCAUACAAGACAUUUUUGGACUCACCUUGUUGUGUUGUGCUCACUUGAACAGAAAGGUGUCGCGGCGGUCCUUCGUGGGCAAAUUUUGUCAUCAAACUUUGUCAUAAAAGUCUGUCAUUCUCUGGAUAGAUGGUGCUGUCAAGACUGCUGGGAACUUGGGAAAAAAACAAGGUCGAAUCAUGACGUCAGUGAUCUUCAGGUCAGAGCUCUAGAAAGAGGACCGAGUUCCCUACUUGAAGUUCCGAGUUGGAUGACAGUACAAAACGUAUUUUCCCAGUUGGAGGUAGUUUUUUUUCAGAGUUCCCAAUUGUCUUGAACUCACUGAAGUCUGAGAUUUCCCAGUUCUGAGUUUCCAGUUGUUUUGAAUGCAGCAGUAUUAAUGCAUUAUUGAAAGCAUUACCAAUGUUGAAUGUUUAUCCUUUUAAGCUUGGAAAAGAGACCCUUAAACCCAGACUUGGACCACACACCCACUCUAUUGAAUAGCAGGCUAGUGAUUGCUUUGCAAUGCUUGCAGUUAGCCACUGAUUCCUUCCAAACUACUCAUUGAUGAAUUUGCAAUUUUCCAACUUCCAACUGUGUAAUGUUUAUGUCCAAUGGCUGAUGAGUACCAAUACAUUAUACCUAUAAUUUCUCUUCAUAAUUCCGCUGCCCCACCUGUCCUGAAUUAUAGGUCACCACUGCUGUAGUGAUUGUCUGUUUCCCAUGUAUGCUUUGCAUGUUAUUAAUGUGUGAUUCUCAUUGGCCAGUUAAAGUUUGGGAAAGUUAUAAAGUAGGCAUGCGGCCAGUGUUCCGUGAUAGUAGACUUAUGACAUGGAUGACAAAUAUGCUGUUCCUGCCAGAGCGUCCUAUUCACACAACUGCUAACUAAUGUUGAAAGUUACAGCAUUGUACGAGUAUAGCCCAUGUGUCAGCUGUCAGAGGACAUUAUAGCACACGGUUGCUGUUCCUGAAGACUUAACUACUUCCCUGUGUGUGUGUGUGUGUGUGUGUGUGUGUGUGAAUGGAUGAGGGGUGUGUCCAUGUGUGUGAAUCGAUUCAUGUAUUGUUUCUGCACUUCAAUGUGUGAUUAUGCAGUUUUACAUAUUCAAAAGCUUAAUCGAGUUGUCACAGGUUUACUUUUAAUUGGUAAUUUCAUACUUCAAAACAUUCUUACACAAUUAAACCCUCUUUCACGCUCCCCAGCAUUACACACUCCUGCCACUAUCAUUACGCACACCUGCCUUCCCCCUUCACACGCAUCAGCAAUUAUUGGACUCACCUGGACUCAAUCACCUGUGCCAUUUCCUCCCCUAUAUCUGUCUGUUCCCUAGCUCUGUUCUCCGCUUCAGGAUUAAUGUUCGUUUGUCAUUUUGUUACCUGGUUCUGACGAUGAUCAAUGUCUGUCCCACAUUAAAUGGCCAACUCCCUGUACCUGCUUCUCUUCUCCAGUGUCAGUCCAUACAGUCGUGGCCACAAGUUUUGAGAAAGACACAUAUUAAUUUUCACAAAGUCUGCUGCCUCUGUUUGCAUGAUGGCAAUUUGCAUUUACUCCAGAAUGUUAUGAAGAGUGAUCAGAUGAAUUGUAAUUUAUUGCAAAGUCUCUCUUUGCCAUGCAAAUGAACUGAAUCCCCCAAAAACAUUUCCACUGCAUUUCAGCCCUGCCACAAAAGGACCAGCUGACAUCAUGUCAGUGAUUCUCUCGUUAACACAAUUGUGAGUGUUGACGAGGACAAGGCUGGAGAUCACUCUGUCAUGCUGAUUGAGUUCGAAAAACAGACUGGGAGCUUCAAAAGGAGGAUGCUUGGAAUAAUUGUUCUUCCUCUGUCAACCAUUGUUACCUGCAAGGAAACACGUGCCGUCAUCAUUGCUUUGCAUAAAAAGGGCUUCACAGGCAAGGAUAUUGCUGCCAGUAAGAUUGCACCUAAAUCCACCAUUUAUCGGAUCAUCAAGAACUUCAAGGAGAGCUGUUCAAUUGUUGUGAAGAAUGCUUUGGGGCACCCAAGAAAGUCCAGCAAGCGCCAGGACCAUCUCCUAAAGUUGAUUCAGCUGCGGGAUCGGGGCACCACCAGUACAGAGCUUGCUCAGGAAUUGCAGGAGGCAGGUGUGAGUCCAUCUGCAUGCACAGUGAGGUGAAGACUUUUGGAGGAUGGCCUGGUGUCAAGAAUGGCAGCAAAGAAGCCACUUCUCACCAGGAAAAGCAUCAGGGACCGUCCGCUCUUGAUCCCCGGGUUCGUCUCCUUUGUCGGCGUCCUGCGGCCGAAGCCGCACGUCGAGGAGUGGGUAUUGUCACAUAUACUCCCUCUGGCCUCUAGGUCAUUAGGCUGCUGAUUAUCCGGCACACCUGACACCAUCGUCAAGCGCACCAGCGCCUCAUGACACUCACCUGGACUCCAUCUCUUUGAUGAUCUUCCCUAUAUCCGUCACUACCCUUGGUUCUUUCCUCAGGUGUUAUUGACUCUGUUUCAUGUCGGUGCGUUGUUCGUUUUGUUUCUUUUUUAAAAAACUCACUCCCUGUACUUGCUUCCACAUUCUCAGCGCACUGAAUACCAGUAAUGUGUUUUGUUGGAUUUUCCCCGAACAUAACACUUUAUUCAGGACAAAAUGUUAAUUGCUUCUUUGCGAGGAAAACCUCCCUGGUCUUUGUAGUUGAAUCUGUGUUAAAAAUGCACUGCUUGACUUU